AUGGAAGUAUAUUUAAUUUAUUAUCAUUAUUAUUAAUACUUUUUUAUCUUUAAUUUUCAAUUUAUUUACAAUAUUAGAAAUACUCUUCAAUAAUCAUUCAUUUAUUCAUUCAUUUUUAUUUACUAAAAUAUUUUUUUCAUUAUUUUAAUUUAAUUUUUUAUUAAAUUUAUUUUGUAUAUUAAUUAUUAAUUUUAUUAGAUUUUUUCUUCAUUUUUUCCUUAACUAAUUAAAUAUCAAUACUUAAAUAGUUCAAAUAAAAUUGGUUUGAUUGGUGCACCAAACAUAGGUUCUGGUUUGGGAAAGUGUAUUAAUCUCUCAAAUUUGAUUCUUAUUCUUAAUUGUAAUAAUAUUGGUGAUGAAGGCUCAUCAGGUUUAGGUUCUGGUUUAGGAAAGUGCACUAAUCUCUCAAAUUUGACACUUAAUCUUUAGAACAAUAAUAUUGGAGCAAUUGGUGCAUUAGGCUUAGGUUCUGGAUUAGGAAAGUGUACUAACCUCUCAAAUUUAAUUCUUAAUUUAGAUCAUAAUAAUAUUGGUGAUGAAGGUGUAUCAGGUUUAUUUUCAGGUUUAAGAUAGUGCAUUAAUCUCUCAAAUAUUGAACUUUACUUUUGUAACAAUAAUAUUGGUGAAAUUGGUGCCUUAGGUAUUGGUUCUGGCUUAGGAAAGUACACUAAUCUAUCAAAUUUGACACUUAAUCUUUAUAAUAAUAAUAUUGGUGGAAUUGGUGCAUCAGGUUUAGGUUAUAAUAUAGGAAAGUGCACUAAUCUUUCAGAGUUGAAACUUAAUGUUCUCAAGAAUAAUAUUGGUGAAAUUGGUUCUUCAGGCAUAGGUUCUGGUUUAGUAAACUGCAUUAAUCUCUAAAAUUUAACACUUUUUUUUUACUGCAAAGAAAUCAACAUAAAUUAAUAAUUUAAAGUAAAGUGCCUCAAAUCAAAAAGAUUAGUUGUCUUAAAUAUUAAUUAUUGGUGA